GAAACAGCCACAGAAAGAGUCGCGUGUCAAGCAAAGCGCGUGGUUUGUGAUAGUACUUCCAACUAGAAGCGAAAAAGAGAUAGAGGCCAAGCCCUUCCACACAUGCACUGUUUACGCUCGCACACAAACACACGCUCUCUCUCUCACUACUUGCAGUGUCCAUCUAUUUGAGAAAGAAGGAGGAAACCCAUUUUGUUGAAUUGCAUUUACAAUACACUCUAAAUUGCUGUUCAAAUUCAACUUUACUACUGUCAUUGACAAGGUGCUGCUAAUUUUUGCGGAAGUUAGGAAUAGGGGCUUCUGAAAAUUUUGGUCGGUUAUUUGAAGGUAAAAAGUUGGUGAUGAAUUAUUUGGUAGUUUUGGGGUGUGGGUUUGUCUCAGUUUGCUGUUUAUAGUUAUGGGUUGUGUUUAUUCAAGAGCUUGCAUUGGGGAGAUUUGUGCACCAAGGAAUGCGGAUGUUAAAGAACCUGAAAAUGUGAAAGCUGCUGAAAUUGCUGUAUUUUCACCUGCCUCAUCAGAUGGGGAAGAUGGAGAAAUUAGAGAUCAAAUUAAUCAGUUAAGUCUAUCUAGGGACAAUGACAUUGGUAUAACCAGACUGUCAAGAGUCUCUGCACAAUUUUUACCACCUGAUGGUUCACGGGUUGUAAAAGUUCCAUCAGGGAAUUAUGAACUACGAUGUUCAUUUCUAUCUCAAAGAGGAUACUAUCCUGAUGCCCUUGAAAAGGCUAAUCAAGAUAGUUUUUGCAUUCACACUCCAUUUGGAACAAGUCCAGAUGAUCAUUUCUUUGGUGUUUUUGAUGGCCAUGGAGAGUAUGGAGCUCAAUGCUCCCAGUUUGCAAAAAAUAAAAUAUGUGAAAAUUUGCUUAGGAACAGUAAAUUUCAUUUAGAUGCUGUGGAGGCAUGUCAUGCGGCAUUCUUGAUGACCAACUCGCAGUUGCACGCUGAUGCUAUGGAUGAUAGCAUGAGCGGAACAACUGCAAUUACUAUACUCGUACGAGGUACGACACUUUAUGUUGCUAAUAGCGGUGAUUCAAGAGCUGUUAUAGCCGAGAGACGGGGUAACGAAGUCGUGGCUGUUGACCUUUCAAUCGACCAAACACCAUUUAGGCCUGAUGAGAUUGAGCGGGUUAAGCUCUGUGGAGCAAGAGUUCUUACACUGGAUCAGAUUGAAGGAUUGAAGAAUCCGGAUGUGCAAUGUUGGGACACUGAAGAAGGUGAUGAUGGUGAUCCUCCUAGGUUGUGGGUGCAAAAUGGGAUGUAUCCUGGUACGGCUUUUACAAGAAGUAUAGGUGAUUCUGUUGCUGAGACAAUUGGUGUUGUUGCAAAUCCUGAAAUUGUUGUUUUGGAGCUCACCUCAGAUCAUCCUUUCUUUGUGAUUGCCAGUGAUGGGGUAUUUGAGUUUCUUUCCAGCCAAACUGUGGUGGACAUGGUCGCGAAGUAUAAGGAUCCACGUGACGCUUGUGCUGCAAUUGUUGCUGAGUCAUACCGUCUUUGGCUACAGUAUGAAACUCGUACAGAUGAUAUUACUGUGAUAGUUGUACAAGUAAAUGGAUUGACUAAUGUUGCGGUUGGUCAAUCAAUAAGUUCUGAUGUUGUUUUACGACCACCAUUGCCUCAGGUUGUAGAAUUAUCUGGAUCAGAAUCUCCAUCAGUUAUGAACUGGAAUUCUGGGAUUCAACGUGCCAGGCAAGAUAUAUCACGGGCACGACUGCGUGCUAUUGAGAGUUCCUUAGAGAAUGGGCAGAUAUGGGUCCCCCCAUCUCCAGCCCAUAGGAAGACAUGGGAAGAAGAAGCACAGAUUGAACGGGUUUUGCAUGAUCAUUUUCUUUUUAGAAAGCUUACCGAUUCUCAGUGUCAAGUUUUGUUGGAUUGUAUGCAAAGAGUUGAAGUUCAAGUUGGAGACAUUGUAGUCAAACAGGGUGGAGAAUGUGACUCUUUCUAUGUCAUUGGAAGUGGGGAAUUUGAGGUCUUAGCAACACAGGAUGAGAAAAACGGAGAAGUUCCUAGGGUUCUUCAGCAGUACACAGCUGAUAAGCUGUCAUCCUUUGGGGAGCUGGCUCUGAUGUACAAUAAACCACUCCAAGCUUCUGUUCGUGCUGUCACCAAUGGAAUUUUGUGGGAACUUAAACGAGAAGAUUUUAGAGGAAUUCUCGUGUCAGAGUUUUCUAAUUUGUCUUCAUUGAAGCUUCUGCGUUCUGUAGAUCUUCUAUCAAGAUUGACAAUUUUACAACUAAGUCAUAUUGCAGAUAUGGUUUCAGAAGUUCCCUUUUCUGAUGGACAGACAAUAGUAAAUGAGAAACAGGAACCUUUGGGCCUAUAUAUUAUCCAGAAAGGGGUUGUAAAAAUUACAUUUGACAUGGAUUUAGUGAAAUUUGAAAAUGCAUCAAGUCUCAUGUGUGAAAACCAAAAGCAGGAUGAUAUACAGAACAAAAAAAGCAUAACAGUCGGAAAGAGUGAAGGGAGCUACUUUGGGGAAUGGACACUUCUUGGGGAACACAUUGCCUCUUUGAGUGUCAUUGCUGUGGGUGAUGUGGUAUGUGCUAUCUUAACUAAGGAGAAGUUUGAUUCAGUUGUGGGUCCUUUGGCAAGGCUCUCACAGGAUAAUCUUAGGGCAAAGGGCCACCAAACAAUUCUCUCUUCAGAAUCUGUCCAAAGCUUCGACACUUUGACGCUUGAAAAUUUGCAGCUUGCUGAUUUGGAAUGGCAGACUUGCUUAUAUUCAAUGGACUGCAGUGAGAUUGGCCUAGUUCGUCUAAGAGACUCAGAUAAACUUCUUAGCUUGAAGAGGUUUUCAAAGAAAAAAAUUAAAAUGCUUGGGAAAGAAGCACAAGUAUUAAAAGAGAAGAAUCUAUUGAAGCAAAUGAAUACAGUAGCUUCAGUACCUCAAGUUUUAUGUACUUGUGCUGAUGAAAUUCAUGCUGGCAUAGUUCUGGACACAUGCCUGGCUUGCUCUGUGGUAGCAAUACUUCACAACCCCCUUGAUGAGGAGUCAGCACGUUUCUGUGCUGCAUCAGUUGUCAUUGCUCUGGAAGACUUGCACAAUAAUGGCAUACUUUAUAGAGGUGUUUCUCCUGAUGUACUAAUGUUAGACCAAACUGGCCAUAUUCAGGUACAAACGCACAUUUUGGAGACCCACCAGCUUAGGACUCCAAUCAGCAAGUUGGGAGGAGCUCCAUUGUAUCGGAGCCUAGUUUUGCUAGUGGAAUUCAGAUUUGCUAAGAAGAUUUCUUCUGAGUUGGAUGAGAGGACAUUUACCAUAUGCGGAAUGGCAGAUUCUCUAGCUCCAGAAAUAGUCCAAGGGAAAGGCCAUGGCUUUGCUGUUGACUGGUGGGCGUUGGGAACAUUGAUCUACUUCAUGCUACAAGGGGAAAUGCCAUUUGGAUCAUGGAGAGAGAGUGAACUUACAUUUGCAAGGAUUGCUAAAGGACAAUUGACACUUCCACAUACAUUCAGCCCAGAAGCUGUUGAUCUCAUUACGAAGUUACUUCAAGUUGACGAAAAGCUAAGACUCGGAAGCCAAGGUGUUGACUCUAUCAAAAGUCAUCCCUGGUUUCUUGAUGUUGAUUGGAAAGCAAUAGCAGCUCAUCGAAGUCCUGUUCCUGCAGAGAUUCUCUCUCGUAUAAGUCAACGCUUGGAAAACCAUGGUGAUGAGAACAUAGCUUCCCUACAUUCCCCUAUUCAUGACUUGGAGGAGCUUAACACUCCAGAAUGGCUUCAAGACUGGUAGCACGUGUUUAUUGUAGUUCUGCCCAUCAAAUUCCAGGAUGAUGCUACCUGCAAAAUUGACCAGCUUAUUGUUUCAUAACUGCCCCUUUUGGAGACUCAAUUCAAAUGAACUGAGUGAGGUGGUGCAUUUAGAUCAUGUUUUCGUGUUCAUCAACCAUGUGGCUCUCCUAAAGAGAAAAUGUCUAGCUGCUUUUCUUGGAUUAUAAGGUUCAUACUUGUGUUCUUUUUGAAAAUUUACCAUGCCUAUGUAAAUACGUAAUACGUAAAUCAAACAGAAAACAUGAAUUUAACGCAUCCUACCAGUCUUCCCAUCCCACCCCAUCAAAAAAGAAAAAGAAAGGAAAAAGAAAACAGAUGUAUCACUUAAAGCUUCUGGAGUGUUAAGCUUCCCAUCCAGAAGCUAUGUUGCACCAGUUUAUGAGAUUUUAGGUCUUAUAUUUGGAAAAAAAAAUGAAGAGCUUUUUGUUCUGUAAAUUUUCUCCAAAUUGGAGCUGUGUUGCUUUGUUUUUGAACCUAUUGUUCUAGUUAUUUGAGGUUUCCUGUGCCUUGUAUUAAGUAAUGCUGAUUUAACUUGUCUUGGGCCACCAAAAGCGUGAUAUGGGCAAUCGACAAAUUUCACUUUGAUGUA